AUGGAAAACAUUUUGGACACAAAAAAAGAAAACCAGACAAGCAUCACAGAAUUUAUCCUUCUGGGUUUUGGGAAUCUCCAAGAACUGCAGCCUCUCCUUUUCUGCUUCUUCUUGAUGAUUUAUCUGAUGACAAUAAUUGGAAAUAUCCUCAUCUUCCUGCUUGUUAUGGCUGAUCAGCUCCUUCAUACUCCAAUGUACUUCUUUCUGGCAAAUUUAUCAUUUCUGGAUACCUGUUAUAGCUCUACCUUGCUGCCUAAAAUGUUGUCAAACUUUCUGAGUGCUGAGAAAACUAUUACUGUGAAUGGAUGUCUAGCUCAAUAUCAUUUCUUUUGUCUUAGUGGAGCUACAGAAGCAUAUCUUUUGGCUGUAAUGUCAUAUGAUCGCUAUUCAGCAUUUUGUAGACCUCUGUUCUACCCUUCUAUUAUGAAUAAGAAUUUUUGUUUCCAUGACACAACUUUAUUUGAACUCUUCACUUUUUGCAUGACCAUCAUUUUCACAAUUCCUCCAUUUCUUUUGACCCUCACUUCUUACAUUUGCAUCAUUGUCAGUAUCGUCAAAAUAAAUUCCACCAUCGGAAGGCAAAAAGCCUUCUCAACCUGCUCCUCUCACCUCUUGGUAGUUUCUUUCUAUGGCACAUCAGUCAUUGUCUAUACAUUGCCAGAUACCUCCUCCCUAAAACAUCUCAACAAAUUCUCUGUUUUCUAUACUGUUGUUACUCCUCUGCUCAAUCCACUGAUCUAUUCUUUAAGAAACAAAGACAUUCACAAAGCGCUAGGACGAUUUUUAAAUAAAGUGUUAAUUUUUGGCAUGAAUCACCCAAAGCUGUAA